UGGGCGUUGUUUAUCAGCCUUGAUACCGACUGAGAAGAUAUGAAGGGAAUACUUGUCAAUUUCUGAUGCGCUUUCGGAUUGCCCGAUAUGACAUGAAACCAACGACAAAACCAUUCACUGUCACCUGAUACUCCUUUACUUGCUUAUAGGCAUAAGUCGAUCGCCAGCUACAUUCUUGCUGAUGCUUGCACAAUCCAAAACCUCCUGAACAAGCUGGGAGACGAGCUUAGCUAAGUACUCGAACUACCAAGUACUUUCUCACAAACAACCACCACCACCACCCUUGGAAGCAAUGGCAAUAGUCACCAAGCCGCAACCACCAGCGCCCUUGCUCAACCUCCCUCUAGAGCUCCGUCUCAUGAUUUACGACUACAUUGUGGCAGUCCCCAACAAAUACACCACCGAUCGCCCCAUGAUCGUUGUCAAUGAUGACGGAAACACAUUUACCACACGCGGCCGCUACCGCGCGCUUUCGAUGUGUCCCAACUGGGUCGGCGAAAACGGCCAAGUCCGAUCUCUGCUCUUCAUCAACCACCAAAUCCACGACGAAGUCGAAGACUUCCUCUACUCCCGGUACACGCUGUUCUUCUUGAAUUCGUUCAAUCUAGACCACCUCGGCGCUUUCCUCGACAUGCUCAGUCCCACGGCGCGCAAUCGGAUCCGCAGCGUGGGGUUUGAGAUCUACUUCUUCGUCCAUUCACAGGCGGGGACGCCCAAGCGCACAUGGGCCGAGUAUAAUCGAGCCGCGAGCAUCCUGGGGGAGAAAUUGCCGCAUUGGUCUGACGUUGUUUUUUAUCUGGAUCCGCGGUUUUGCUUUGCCUCUUGUGCGGCUACAACGGUUGUGGCAGAGCGGGACUUGUCGGUCCGUGGGAUUGGGUAUUUGGAGAUGGUGUUUGGGGGGUUACAGAAGGAGAUGGAUUUCUUGCCUUGUUCAAGGGGGGGGAGAGCUGGUCAGUAUAGAGCACGGGGGCUUUUGGUGCAAUAACGGAGGAGGUGCUGGCUUGUUGAUGUCCUCAAAAUCUAGACAACCCCCCCCCCCCCCCUCCUCCCCC